AUGACCUUACGGUCACCCUGCGUACUGCAAGUACGUACGUAGUGCAGUGGUACAACAACUGAAACUUCUUGUUAAUUUAUUUUCCAGUAGGCCUAGUACAACAAGCAACAGUAAUCUGCAUUUGAUGUGGCUUCGACUCUCCGACUUUCGCGGUGAACAUCGCUAGAUUGCCAAUUAUCAAAGUGCCAACAAAGAGUGCAAAGGUGUUUGACAUUCUGAUGGUGUCUCCUGAGUGAUCGUUUGAAGUCAUGGAGGAGGAGAAGGUAGUCCAUGCAGGCUACCUGCAGCAUCGACCUGGAGGAGCUCUGGGUCGAUGGAAGAAGAAACGAUACUGGUUCCAGCUGGAUGAAGUGUCCUGCCAGUUGCGAUUGUACAAAUCCCAGAUGGAGCUAUGUCACACUGUAGGGUCAGUAGACAUACGGGAUGCCUGCAUAUCCAUCCUACCAGACCAUCAAAACCACAUCCUUGUUGCGUGCGGAGGAAAGGAGCACAUCCUGAUUGCAGAGAACCAUCGGUCUAUGAUGCAGUGGCUACAGAACUUACAGGAGGUGCGGGAUUUAUUUUCCUGCGUGAAGAGCAAUCGGAACCAAGUCAGAUUCUCCAGAGCAUUAAGUUACAAAGCAACAACGCAGGCAUCGCCUUCCAAGGGCCUAGCCAGUAGCCCUGCCUCCUCCCUGAGGCGCCAACAACCCAGCCGCAGUAAAAGCAAGAAUCUGACUGAUCUACCAGCCUCAUUCUCUGUCUCAGCAGAAACAAAUGACAGCUAUGCCACCUUCAAGAAGAACCUGGUUGGGUCCUUCUCACUACCCAACACCAAGAACAGCUUUGUCUAUGAUUCUGUGGAGACAUCACCCACCUCUAUGAGAAGUUGCAACAGCAUAGCAUCACACAGCUCCACAGAGGAGCUACCAGUGUCAGCAGGUUGGACCAGUCCAUUGGUAGGGCAAGCCCCAAGAGACAACAGUGACCAGUUGGAACUUGGGACCACAGAAGCAGGGUGUUUGGAGUCCAAGUUGGAGAGAACCGCUGUUGAGGAGAAUCAUGACAUUGAGACAUGGAGACAAUUUGACAAAGAGGCACUGAUUGAGCAGCUGCAACAAAUGAAGCAACUUGUGGAGGAAAGCAAGAAAAAUUUCAAGAGCCUGGAAAACCGAGAACAGGCCUACAAACAGAUGCUGAAGAAACGUGAGCAGGACAUUAUGCACCUUGAUGAUAAACUAGGAAUCAUGGAACAGGCUCACCACAUGAGAAGAGAUCUGCUAUCACCAGAAGACAUGGAUGCAGCUCAACAACGAAUCCUGGAUCUUCAAGACACAUGUAAGGUGUACCAGGAACAGAAUGGAUUCCUGAAUACGGAGGUGCGACGCCAAGCUAGCCUAAGACAAAGAGAGCAAAACAAACUGGAUAUCCAGAACAGGAUAAUAGAUGGUCUGGAAUCCAGCAUUCUCCGGAGUCGACAAGACUACUUUCAGUUGCUGGGUCAAAUGGUUGAGGUGACAUCAUUGGAUCUGAAAGAUGAAAUCCCUCUGCAACUGAGCUGGGAUGAUAAGAAAUUCAAGAGGUUCCUUGAGUUAUAUGAUGAGGCUAGAAUGCAGGACCCAUUACUACCAGACCCUAGAAUCGUGAUGAUGGAGGGACAUACAGAUAUCUACGGUUUUCAGCAUCCAAUCAACAACCAGCCGUUACUAUUCCAUUAUCUCUGCCAGAUACUGCAGGAUCAUCUCAUUGCAUCUUCAAGGAAAUCGACUGAGCUUAGCAAGAAAUGGGAGGAAUAUGUGAGCAUUAUUGGACACGUCUCUGCCAUCAAACAGGAUGACCUGAGAGAACUGGUGUAUGAUGGGAUACCAACGGACUACCGCAGUGAGAUCUGGUCCUACCUUGUCCUGCAACAAGUCAAGCAACUCAAAGCUGAGAAAAGUGAGGAUUAUUUUCAGUGGCUGUGUAAUCGCAUUGGGACCUCCUCCUCAGUGGAUAAAUACAGGAGACAGAUAGAUCUGGAUCUUCUACGUACCAUGCCCCACAAUAUCUACUUCAAUAGCAAGGAUGCCGAGGGGGUAAAGCAGUUACGACAGAUACUAGAGGCGUUUUGUGUUCACAACCCCAAGGUGGGUUACUGUCAAGGCAUGAACUUCAUUGCAGGAACUUGUCUGCUCUUCAUGGAUGUGGAAAUGGCUUUCUGGUGCAUGGUUGCUGUAGUUGAGUCUUACUUUCCAGCCAACUACUUUGACAGUAGUCUGAUUGGUGCACAGGCCGACCAGAAUAUUCUGAAGGACAUCCUGGAAUUGAGACUACCCCGACUCCAUGCCCAUCUGGAUGAUAUAGGCAUUGAGAUGUGUUCAUUCACACUGAACUGGUUCCUGGCUAUAUUCUUUGACGUUGUCCCGUUCACGAUGCUGCUCCGUAUCUGGGAUUGUUUCCUGUUUGAUGGCCUACGGGUCCUUUUCCAGUUCUCCAUCGCAUUGCUUCAGUACCAUGAGACAUCAUUGUUACAGAAGAAAGACAUCUUAGCGAUACUGAAAGACACCAAGUCCAUGGCUAAGCUAACGCAGGAUAUUCAAGCCAUUGUCGAUAUUGUUAGAGACAGCAACGACAAUUUCCCAUCCUUGGCCUGGAUCCAGCAAAAGCAGCAGCACUACAUAAACAUCCUGCGAGCUGUCUAUGAGCAGCAGGAGAAAGCCAGGGAGGAGUUUGAGAGACAGGAAGGUCUCGCGCCGGCCACACCCAUCUUCCAAAGUGAAGGGGAAGACGGUCUUGUACAGGAUCUGAAGAUGGAUUGUGCAGUGGAGUGCUACUCAGGUCACUUACUAGUCUGCCGUGGAGAGUUGAGGCAGGGUUGGGUUGGACGAGUUGAUAUUGGCAAAUGCAUCAAACAGAACUAUGGAAUAAGGUUGGACAACCGCAUUGUGUGUUUAACCAUGGCUGGCAUUGACAUGGCACUAUUGGGAACGGUCUCAAAUUUCUUGUAUGCAUUCAGUAUCGGAACUCAGGAGGAGCUUUGGUUUGAGAGGUUACGAGACACUCCUCUAAGUAUCGUCUACAAUCCACAAACAAGGAAUGUAUACAUUGGAUUAGCAGAUGGAACACUGGCUGUUAUUGAGGGUGUGAGCCAUGCCAGUCCCCGGGAUGUCUUCUAUCACGCCAUCGGUGCCAGCCCAAUACGCAGCGUUCUCUACCUCCCUAAGCUGGACAAGAUAUGGUGUGCCUGUGGUAACGCUGUCAGCAUCCUCAACAAGUCAGUGUGCACAAUGCAUAGUCUUUGUGCUGAAACUCUUGACGGCAGUGUCUGACCCAAUAAUAGACCAGUCCAUGAUGCUUUGACCAGUCACAACCAUGGUUCAUUUUCAGACAAAUGUCUGACACAUGCAUGCACUUGCGUA